GCUGUAGUAGCUCAAGAUGUUGAUCUGGUCGGUGAUCUCACUUUCGGUCCUAAUUGUAUGAUCCAUCCUUCUUGUACGAUUGUUGGAUUUGGACCUAUUAUUUUUGGAUCAGGUUGUAUAGUAGAAGAACAAUCAGUAAUAUGUAAUCGUCAUAAAACUCCCAUGGAAAUUGGAAACGAUAAUUUAUUUUCAGUAGGAUGUAGAGUAGAAGCCAAAUCGAUCGGAUCACACAACAUCUUCGAAAGCAAAUGUAAAGUUUCAUCAGAUCUUACCAUCAGUGAUCAUUGUAUCAUAGGAGCCGGUUGUACAUUAGUUUCGGAACCGAGCGUCUCAAGUUUUGAAAAUGGGAUCUUAGAACCUAUGGUUUUACCCGAUUGGUCUGUGAUCUUUGGUGAACGAUCUGAACGAACUCAUUGGUCGGGUGAAGGAUCGGGUCAAGCUCGUGGAUUACAUGCUAAACAUUUGAUGUAUUUGUCUGAAACGUUACCUAAGUUUCAUAGAACUCGUAGUACUGCUUCAACUUUGAAUUCGAAAACUCCAAAAUGA